AGAGAGGACCAGUUUAUGUUGAAUAAAAUCAUGACCUCGGCUCAGGCACAGACUCGGAUUAAGUUAAACCUAUGAAACGUCGUUAUUUUAACCUUAUUUUGCAAUGUACUGAUGCAAAUAUGGAUCUUGCAGAUUCCAUAGGGUGAAAAUAUGCAGAGGAGAAGCAUGUAUAAGACCGGCAAACAUAAAGUGGCGAGAAAUUAAAUAUACAGCAUUCGUGAUGUUAUUUGUUACAGGCAAAACAUUUGACGUAUGACACAAUGCAGAGCGCAGAUGCAAACUUGACGUAGAUUGAAAAGAUCUAAGCUUUUGCCAUGCACGGAUAAAUAUCAACACAAGAAGUGGAAGAAUGUCUCAAGUACAAAAGGAAACUUCUGUAAACCCUGUUGAUAAAGUCAAAGAUGAAGAUUACACUAGGAUCAAAAACCAAACCACCACACUAAGACAUGCACCAGAUUUAGCAGGCUGCUGUUCAGCUGUGGGCCUGGCAGCUACAACAGUCACCUGGUACAGAAUUUCUGCCUGCAGUUUUCACAAUGUUACUGUUGCAUUGAUUGUGGCUCCAAAUUUAGCAAUUGCACAUAUUGUCACGAAAUACGCUUAUAAACACGAUGUGACUUUACCAAUAACUGCGGGAACAGUAAGUGGUGACCAGGCCAUUGCUCUAAGUACUGCAGAGCAGUUAGUAUUUGGAUCGGUCAUUCCUGUCAUUACUGCCUCAUAUCCCUUCUUGACAUCAACAUGGGAGAAAGGGAGGAAAUCCGGGGUUACUCUCUCCAAACAUGUUGGAAUGCAAAUGAAGAACUUUUUUGUCCAAUUCGGCAUCAGAGGAAGUAGACAUCACUAUGGAAUUAUGGGAAUUAAUUUGAUUCUUCAGCUGGGCAUAGGUGCACUUCUUGGAUACAACCAGCUGGCAGAAAGAAACUUAGUGAAGGAUAAAAUCUACAAGGACAAUGAAAUUUUACCCGAGUAUCAAGACUUGUUUUUGAAGAAAACGGAGUUCUCACAACCCAAAGAUUAUUUCAAGUCUGUUAUUGACAGGAUUAAAUUGGGUUUUAAAAUGUUGUUCCCUCCAGCAGAAUAAAAUGGAUUUAAUUGUGACAAA